AUGGACGAAAUCGAGCAACUCUUGGAAGCUCCAUAUAUCAAGGAGGAAAAACCACGAAGAGAAGUCCCAAAAGAAGGCUCUGAACGAACAAUAUCAAAUGGUGACGAUACUCAUAUGGAUGUAGAUGCUGCGCCAACUGAUGAGCCUCCUUCUGACAGAAAGUCAAAAGAGAAUGGUGAUCAUGAAGGAAGUGGAUCUCACAGGUCCAGAUCUGGAGAACGUCGUCGACGACACCGUUCACGUUCCAGAUCCAAAGGCCGUUCUCGUCGUUCAAGUCGAUCUACCUCGCGUCACCGUCGUGGAAGUCGCUCUCCACGAAGGAGGAGCAGGGACAGACGUGACCGAGACAAAGGUGAUCGUGGAGACCGUGGUGACAGAGAACGAGAUGGUGGAGGACGAGAUAGAGGAGACCGUGAUCGUGAAAGAGAUCGUGAUCGUGCUUCUCGUCGUGAUCGUGAAAGAGGUGACCACUAUCAACCACAUUAUAGACGACCUCCAUCUCCGGCUCGAAGGGACUCUAGAGACCGUAGGAGAAGUACUUCCCGUGAUCGUCGUCGUAGUAAAUCUCAAGAAGUUAGUGAAUCCGAUCGUGAUCGUCGUACUAUAUUUGCUAGGCAACUGGCUGCCCGUCUCAAGGAACGUGAAUUGAAGGAUUUCUUGAGUGCCGCUGGCAAAGUCAGAGAUGUCAAAAUCAUCGUAGAUCGCAUAUCUGGUCGUUCCAAGGGUAUCGGGUAUGUCGAGUUUUAUGAUGAAGAAAGUGUCGCAAAAGCUAUUGAAAUGAACGGACAGAAACUAUUGGGUCUUCCUAUCUUGAUCGAGUUGACGGAAUCCGAAAAGAAUCGUCUUGCUGAACAAGCAGCUGGCAAGGAACCAAGCUUCAAUCGCUUAUACAUUGGGUCAUUGCAUUUCAAUAUUACCGAAGAAGACUUGCGAGCUGUUUUUGAACCAUUUGGUCCUCUUGAUUUAGUGCAAAUGCACAAGGAUGCUGAUACUGGUCGUUCUCGUGGAUUUGCAUUUGUCCAAUAUCGUAAAUCUGAAGAUGCAAAUCAAGCACUACAAAAGAUGAAUGGAUUCGAAUUGGCUGGUCGUCCACUUAAAGUCAACCUUGUCACGCAAGAUAAGCAAGCUCUUGGCCUUGCUACUGGCAGUGUUGGAGGCACCAAUGCUGCAAAUAACGGUCUGAACGCUUUUGCUAACCUGGAUGAUCAUGAUGGACCUGGUUUUGCAUUGAAUUCGCAUGCUAGGGCUGAAUUGAUGGCUAAGCUUGCUCGUGAUGAUACUAUACUUGGGUCACCAGCACCUGUUGCUGCACCUGUCAUACCAAAGAUCACCGUCCCUGUCAUUGCGACGAGAUGUGUGUUGCUGAAGAACAUGUUUGAUCCUAACGAAGAGUCUGAACCUAAUUGGGACAAGGAAAUCGAAGAGGAUGUCAAGGCCGAAUGCUCCAAGUUUGGGACAAUUUCGCACAUCUCAUUACAAAAAGAAACUGCUGGACAUAUUUACAUCAAAUUUUCACUUCCUUCAGAGACUCAGGCAUGCUUGUCAACCAUGAAUGGUCGAUACUUUGGUGGCAAACAGAUUUCGGCCACCUUUGUGCCAGAUCAGAUAUACAAUGCCCAAUUUAAACUCUCAUAA